AUGGAUGCAGAUUGGGACGAGGUCGCUCGGAUCCAAUUCCCGCCCGCGGGCGUCCACGCCCUACCGACCCCGGUCACGACCAUGAUGUUCGAUACAUCACAGGAACUCUUGUGGACGGGAAAUGACUAUGGACGCGUUACAUCCUUUGUCGGAAGCGAGCUGCAGCGCUACACUUCGUUCAAAGCACACCUGUCCUCCGAGGGACCCGUCCGACAGAUUAUGGUCAACGAUAAAGGCGUGAUCGUUCUCGGAACCAACGAUGUUCACAUGUCACAUAGAAGGGGUGCAGCAAUGUGGCAUAUCAAGCACGAAGCUAUGAGAGAUCUGCGAUGCAUGAGCUUUACUUCCAAAGGAACCACUGAGAUUAUUGCUGCUGGAAUACAGGACACAAUGCUUGUUAUCGACCUCAAUAAAGGUGAUGUCGUCAAGCAGAUCCCAACCGACCACCAAUAUACUAUCAUGAAACGAGGCCGUUAUAUCUGCGCCGCAACCCAGAAUGGACUUGUCAAUCUACUCGAUCCAGUCUCCUUUGCUGUCGUCAAAUCCUGGAAUGCUCAUUCCGCCUUGAUCAACGAUAUGGAUGCCCAGCAUGAUUUCAUCGUUACCUGUGGCUUUUCUCUACGACAGGGCCAGACUUAUAUGCUGGAUCCGUUCCUCAACGUCUUCGAUAUCAAGAAAAUGGCAUCUAUGCCACCAAUCCCUUUCCCGGCCGGAGCUGCCUUUGCUCGCAUGCAUCCUAAGAUGCUUACGACGAGCAUCGUCCUGUCACAAAGUGGCCAGAUGCACGUGGUUGAUCUUAUGAACCCAAACACCAGUAAUGUCAGACAAGCCAAUGUUAUCAGUUAUCUCAGUAUGUUUGAGAUAGCUCCAUCUGGAGAAGGGAUGGCAUUAACAGACGCCGAAUGUCUGAUUCAUCUAUGGGGAUCACGUACCAAGCUCCAUUUUGUCGAUCUUGCAACUCCACUCGAGUUUGCUGCCACAGACGAACGCUUGCCUCUCUUGGACUGGUCUCCCGAAACACCACUCAAUACCGUGGGACUACCAUACUACCGCGAUAUUCUAGCUUCCGCAUGGCCGGAUUUCAUUUGCGACGUCGGAGCGCCGCCCCUCAAACUUGACCCGCAGUUCCUUUCUACACUCCAAGCUACUGGAAUCCAGGCCACUGGCCUUGCUUUGUAUGGGCGCAACACACGCGGUCUAAGGCGGAAUCAGGCAGAAGACACUCGACACCUGACCAAGUCUGUCAAUGCUGGGCUCAAAGCGCCAAAGUUCCUGAGUGAAAAGGCGCGUGAAUUGACCAAGUCAGACACCGACGAGAGAGCCGAUGAGGUGAAUAACGUACUCGUCGAGGCUGAGAUCGAGAGUAAGAAAUCCGAGGUACCUGCCAUGUAUGGAAACGUGGAAAUCAAAUACAGCAAGUUUGGUGUCGACGAUUUCGAUUUUGGAUUCUACAACAAGACAAAGUAUUCAGGACUCGAAACUCACAUAUCAAACUCAUACGCCAAUGCUCUCCUGCAAAUGAUGCAUUUUAUUCCUCUUAUCCGAAACCUUGCUCUUCGUCACGCUGCCACAUCGUGUUUAAGCGAGAUAUGCAUACUAUGCGAGCUGGGCUACUUAUUCGACAUGCUACAAAAGGCUGAAGGGUCUAUCUGUCAAGCGACCAAUAUGCUGAAGACGCUUAGCAAUCAGCCGCAGGCUGGCGCGCUUGGUCUUUUGGAGGAGGAUCCUCGUGGUUCUUCGCUCAACAUGAUGCUUCAAGGUUUGACGCGCUUCCUUCUCGAUAAAAUCGUACAAGACUUCCGGUUGAUAGAAGGUACAUCGGCGCCAAUGGAGCAAGUUCUAUCAACCUCUGCAACUAGCUCUAUUAACUGUAUAUCUUGCCGCAGCGAAUACACUCGCCCUGGGUCGACCUUGGUUAACGAUCUGAUGUACCCCUCUCCGAAACCACAGGCAAGAGUCACCUUCUCUCAAGUUCUUAAAAGCAGUGUGGAGAGGGAGACGACAUCUAAGGGAUGGUGCGGAAAAUGCAGCAAAUACAAGAGCAUUGCGACAAAGAAAACUAUCCACAGCGUCCCAGCUGUUCUCGUUUUGAACACAGCGAUCAACAGCCCCGAACAUCGCCUGCUUUGGUCGACGCCAGGCUGGCUUCCGGAAGAAAUCGGCAUCAGUGUUGAAGAGGGUCGGUUCGUUUGUUACGAGGGCGAGGAUCUGAAAGGACGCCUUCAGCAGGGCUUUCAAAUUAUUACCGUCUAUUCCUUGAUUGGUAUGGCAAUCAACAUCGAGAACGGACAAACUCAAAAGCCACACCUGGUGUCAAUGAUCAAUGUCGCGCACGCUGAGCAGGAGGCGCCGGGUAAGAGCCAGUGGCAUCUGUUCAACGACUUUUUGGUGCGCCCAGUCAGUACGGAAGAAGCCCUUACUUUCAACACUUCCUGGAAAGUACCAUCCGUCAUUGCCUUCCAGGUCAAGGACGCAAACAACAAGAUUGAUUCGACGUGGAAGGAUCAACUUGAUACUUCGAUUCUGUACGAAGACAUAAACCCGCACCCUCAUGGGAGCAAGACCUACAAAACGCUUGAACGGGCGACAGAGAAUCCAGGUCCUGAGACUAUCAUUGCCCUGGAUACUGAAUUCGUUGCUGUCAGGCAACCAGAGAUCGAGAUGAACUCGGAUGGUGAACGCGAGACAAUCCGACCAAUAGUAUAUGCUUUGGCAAGAGCCUCCGUUGUCCGCAGCCAAGGCGAAGAAGAGGGACUGCCUUUUAUUGACGACUACAUCACUAUUAAGGAGCCAAUCGUGGACUAUUUGACAUCCUACUCGGGCAUUACUCAAUCAGAUCUAGACCCACGGGUAUCCCAGCACAGCUUACUGCCUCUCAAAAUGGUGUACAAGAAGCUCUGGGUCCUUCUCAACUUGGGCUGCAAGUUUCUGGGGCACGGUCUGAAGCAGGAUUUCCGCGUGAUAAACAUCCACGUACCCAAGUCGCAGAUUAUUGACACUAUUGAUCUAUUCUUCCUGAAGACAAGAUUACGGAGAUUAUCACUCGCCUUCUUGGCAUGGUACCUGCUCAAAGAAGACAUUCAAAUGGAAACGCACGACUCCAUUGAGGAUUCACGCACCGCGCUCAAGCUAUAUAGAAAAUACCUCGAGUUUGAAGAUGCUGGAAUUUUGGACCCGAUGUUGCAGGACAUUUAUCGCGCCGGCCGAGACGUCAACUUUAAGCCGCCGCGGAAGGACGGGCAGGACGUGCAGCGAAUAGACACACCGCCGCUGCCGGUAGAUGGAAAUGGAGCCCCUUCGACGCCGGUGAGAAAGGCCGCGACACUGGCGACGCCCGGUUUUGGAUGCACAAACUGGACCCCUGGCAAGGGCUCGCCGCUAAGAUAG